AUAAGCGGGCCACGUGACCGGGAGGAAGGGACGCGCGAUGACCCUACGGAGCGUCGCUUAGAUUGGCUUGGGUGGCUUCUCCUGUUCUCUCCCUUUGUGGGGGCGGUGGCAUGGGAAACAUCUCUCCGGGGUGCCUCCCCCUGCCUCUAAAAGCCGGCUCGUUUACCUUUGCUUUUUCUUUGUCGAUAAAGUCAACAAACAGCUCCUGGAGACGAUGACGCUCCGUAAGUGAGGAACGCGGAAGGGAAAGCCGAUCCCCGAGAUCUCGUCUUGAGCCAACGUUGUCGCCGGCUUCACCAAGUGCCACGGGAGCGCUGUGUCCCACGCAGCCGGAGCCAUGAGGACCUCCCUGGCACCGGGCAUCCGUCUCAUCACCUCCUUCUCACGGGAUAGCUGGUAUCGAGGAUUCACUCUUCUUUUAACCUUCCUUUUUUACACAAGUUAUCAUCUGUCACGGAAGCCUAUCAGCAUUGUCAAGAGUGAGCUGCAUAGAAACUGUUCAGAAGUUAUCCGGCCGCCAAACUUCAGCAGUCCCAACAAUGAAACAUGGUGUGACUGGCCACCUUUUGAUCAAACAAACUAUCAGACGCUCUUUGGUGCCUUGGAUAAUUCGUUUCUGGUUACCUACGCCAUAGGAAUGUUUAUCAGUGGCAUCUUUGGGGAGCGUCUCCCACUACGUUACUACCUGUCAACUGGGAUGCUGCUCAGUGGCUUCUUCACUACACUCUUUGGUUUCGGUUUCUACUGGAAAAUACACUCUAUCUGGUUCUAUGUUUUUGCACAGGCAAUGAACGGACUAGUUCAGACUACUGGCUGGCCAGCAGUUGUAGCCUGUGUUGGGAACUGGUUUGGAAAGGGCAAGCGUGGCCUCAUCAUGGGUAUUUGGAAUUCACACACAUCUGUGGGGAACAUCUUGGGUUCACUUAUUGCAGGAGUCUUUGUGUCUACUUCUUGGGGAUUGUCCUUCAUUGUACCAGGCAUCAUCAUUGCUGUAAUGGGAGUUGUCUGCUUUUUCUUCCUUGUUGAGAAACCAGAAGAUGUGAACUGCUCCCUACCACAGCACCAUGAUCUUCCCGAACAAGAACCUCUGCUGCGUUCCAGUAGCAAUGAGGAAAUAUUUGGUAGUCCUGCUCACAACCAGGUAAACGGUGUGCGAUCUGUGCAGGUGGCAAGCGAUGAGCCAGAAGCCAUCAGCUUUUUGGGAGCACUCCGAAUACCGGGUGUGGUGGAAUUUUCCCUGUGUCUGUUAUUUGCCAAAUUGGUUAGCUAUACGUUCCUGUAUUGGCUUCCUCUGUACAUUGCCAAUGUGGCACAUUUUGAUGCUAAGGGUGCUGGGGACAUGUCCACCCUGUUUGAUGUUGGAGGUAUACUAGGUGGAAUUUUCGCUGGUGUUAUAUCAGACUACACUGGAGGCAGGGCCACGACGUGCUGUGUUAUGUUGGUUGUGGCAGCCCCUAUGCUUUUUUUGUACAAUCAUAUUGGACAGAAUGGCCUGGCAACCACCAUAGGAAUGCUCAUGUUUUGUGGAAGCCUUGUAAAUGGUCCGUAUGCUCUUAUUACAACAGCUGUAUCAGCUGAUCUGGGAACUCAUGAGUGUUUGCGUGGAAAUGCAAAGGCUUUAUCAACUGUGACAGCCAUCAUUGAUGGAACUGGAUCAAUAGGUGCUGCUCUAGGCCCUCUCUUAGCCGGUUUAAUCUCUCCUUCUGGGUGGAAUAAUGUUUUCUACAUGCUCAUCACUGCUGACAUCCUUGCCUGUCUGUUUCUUUCCCGGCUUGUGUUCAAGGAGGUCAGAGGUUGGUGUGGGUACUACACGCGUCAGAGAGGGACAGACAUGGAUGUGAGAGAUUCAAAGAAAUCUGACAGAUGGACCAAAUGGAUGUGUCUGACUAACCCAAACAGACCCAGAGUCCGUGUGAUCCACAGAAAUGGGACCAAUGGAGAUUGUGACUCGGCGGGUGUGUUGCUGAAGAAAAGCUCCACCCCGUUUAAAAAAAAUAAGUGCACGUAAACGGGACGUGUAUAGCUUUUAAACUGUGGACAGGAGUAAAUGUGUCAAAGGAGUUUUGAGUGUGGUAAGGGAGAAGAUUGAAGAAUGCAGGACUGUUCUCUGUCUAAAGCUGCCAUUGUCUCUUAUAUCCAUGGCCUUCCCGUUGGCCUUCCAGUGAUUGAUUUGUAAUUAGUACUGCUUGUUUUUGCUGGUUGAUGACUGUCUCUGAUCUGUACUCUUUGUCAUUAAAAUGUUUCUAAACAUA